AUGUCAGUCUCUCCCUUGAGAGAUCAUAUACAGCUGGAUUCAAAUGAGAUUCAUGCCCAGAUUCAAGCCCCCAAUAGAUCCCAGCGACCCAAGUUUCGAGCAUCGUGUGACCCUUGUGCGGCAUCCAAAGUACGCUGCACCAAAGAGCAGCAUGGAUGUUCGCGCUGUACCAAAAACGGUCUAAAAUGUGUUUAUGGUCGAUCGCAGCGGAAGGGUAAACCCCCUUCCAACAAAUUUGCCUCCACGCAACAACAACCUCCUCCGUCUCCUCCUCAGGUCCCAGCACCUUCGCCGUGGCCUACCAACCGAGAACCCGUUCAUCACUACCCGAAUCCCCACCUCAACACCAACUGCAUCUGGUAUAGAUCGAAUAUGCUACCAAAGACCAGCUCCCAGAAUCAAAAAUCAGAUAAUGCUAUGUCAACAGAAGGAGAAAGAAACACGCCAAGCAGCUUAAACUCACACCAGCCGCUGCCAGACCAUAAUGAUACUCCACCGACGUCUAUAAGCUCGGGGCGUAUGUCAUGGCCCAAACUGGUAGAUGCGGACCCCUCGACUUAUAGUGGUGAUCUCGACCCUCUUCCGAUGACCUUUGUUCCUGAAGAUCCUAUUCAUUUUGACUAUGAUGACAUGGAUGAUGCCAGUGAUGACGAAGCAGACGACAAUUAUGAGAGAGAAGGGGAGCUAGGGCGAGAGAAUGCCAAUGAAGAUCAGCAUGAACCAUGCAUUACAGUAGCAUGCCGGGUUCUUUCUUCACUGUACGAAUUCGUGCGCUGCGACUGUGUGAAUGGUCACGACAGCAACAGCGGCUCAUCCACCCAGUGCAAAGAUCUCGCCCUAGCAAAAGAAGAUCCUAGAAGUGAUAUUGUGUUUUACGUUACUCAAUCAGCCACAGAGGAGGUGUCCCGAUUGUUGAAUUGCACGGGUAUUAUCUGCGCCCAAGAUUCGUCCGUUUUGCUGGUUCUAGGCGCGAUUCUCUGCAAAAUCCUCACUUGGUAUCAAACACUGUACCAAUCGGAGAUUUCUCGCUUGUUAUCAGAUCAGGCACAAGACGCUCACCUUACUACUUCAAUUGACCCUCAUCAUCAUUCGAGUGGUGGGACAGAUGGUCGGUCUAAGGGUCCACGACAGGUCGAUAGAGGCGACUCAAUGUAUAGAGUCCCAUUGAGCAUUCCAUUGAACACUGGAGGCCUAAAUCUUUCCCGCGACAUGGAAACGAAGAUGAAGGCUCAGUUUUUGCUAUGUCAACUACAAACUUUACACCGAGUAUGUCAGAGUCUUAAUCGACGGGCUCAGGCAGCUGAGGGUAUGCAGGGAGAAAAGAGUUUAUCUGCAGGAUCCAGUGCACAGCUCUUGGAAAAGGUGGGUGAAUUUCAACGUGUCUUGACAAAGAUCUGUACGCAGACGCCGGAGUAUAAUAGUUAG